ACAUGGCGCCCGGGGAGUGACUGCCCUGAUCCCUCCGGCGGCUUCCUGGACGGCCGGGCCGGGAGUCCAGCCCCCGCGCUGUCCUUACCUCCCCUUCUCCGCCCCUGGGGGCCUCCUCCUUCCCUUCCUCGUCGCACCUCGGGGGACGGGGGGAGGGGGCGGGCCUGGUUCCUGGGACGCCAUGUCCGACUCUGAGGAGGAGAGCCAGGACCGGCAACUGAAACUCGUCGUGCUGGGGGACGGCACCUCCGGGAAGACCUCCUUAGCUACUUGUUUCGCUCAAGAAAUUUUUGGGAAACAGUACAAACAAACUAUAGGAUUGGAUUUCUUUUUGAGAAGGAUAACAUUGCCAGGAAACCUGAAUGUUACCCUGCAGAUUUGGGAUGUAGGAGGGCAGACGAUAGGAGGCAAGAUGCUGGAUAAAUACAUCUACGGAGCCCAGGGAAUCUUGCUGGUGUACGAUAUUACAAAUUAUCAAAGUUUUGAGAAUUUAGAAGAUUGGUAUGCUGUGGUGAAGAAAGUGAAUGAAGAGUCAGAAACUCAACCACUGGUUGCUUUGGUAGGCAAUAAAAUUGAUUUGGAGCAUAUGCGAACAGUAAAAUCUGAAAAGCACUUGCGGUUUUGCCAGGAAAAUGGUUUUAGUAGCCACUUUGUCUCAGCCAAGACAGGAGACUCUGUCUUCCUGUGUUUUCAAAAAGUGGCUGCUGAAAUCCUUGGAAUCAAAUUAAACAAAGCAGAAAUAGAACAGUCACAGAGAGUGGUGAAGGCAGAUAUUGUAAACUACAACCAGGAACCCAUGUCCAGGACUGUUCACACGCCUAAGAGCUCUAUGUGUGCAGUUCAGUGAGCGCGUUUUUCUUCCGUGCUGAGAGCUCCGGCUGCCCUUCACCCCGAGUGGGCCAGGACUUCAGGGGACUUGUUUUAUCAGUGCCCAUCUCUGUGCUUCACACUCGCCCCCCAGCUCGCUUCAUCGGCAGGCGCUGCCCACAGCCUCAGGCCGCUCUUGGACUGCGAAGAAUUGCGCUUCAGGACCACACACUUUGAACACAAGAUGGAAAGCCACGUUCUCUGGAAUUUAGACUGUCAUUGAAAAGGAAUGAUGUUGGUUCUCUUUACAGCUUCAUCUUCUCCCUGCUAGAAAACAUGUUUUUUAAACCAAGUAUGAGAAGUGUCCAAGUCACGCCCGAGUCUCGCCACAGCACGGGGCUACUCGGAACUUGUGUGUAAAAAUAUAUAAAACUAUACCUAAUAGAAAAUGCUUAAAAUGAGGCUGUAAUAGAAAUAUUUUUUCAGUAUAAAAGAGCCUAAAUUGUUUAUAUUGUAGUUUGUAAUUCACCAAGCACUGAGUAUUUGAUAUUGUAUUUUAUUACUGCAUCGCGGUCAGGUUAGACGGCUUGAUGAACUUUGGUCAGCGUUCAGGUCCUGCAGCCGUGGCUCUGUCCUCCAGGGGACGAGGAACACUGAAUGACAACACACGGUUGCAUCAUGUUGAAUCAGACUGUACCUGAUGUUCACAUGUCUUUCUCUUGCAAAUAAAUCUAUUUAAA